AUGUAUAAUCAUAUCAUAAGUCUUGGUGAUGAGUUGUGGUAUAUUAUAGAAGAUGGCAUUGAUAUUCUAGUCGAUGGAGUUGGAAUGGUGUCUGACAGAAAAACUCUCACACCUGCUCCAAAAAAGAUUCAUAUAGAACAUCAUAGAGUUAGAGACAUCUUGGUUAAUGCUCUACCUCAUUCGGAGUACAUCAAAAUCAUUGAUAAAUCUACGGUUAAGACCAUUUUUAAAUCCCUAUGUGCUACUUAUGAAGGGAAUCAACAAGUUCAAGAAGUUAAGGUUAACCUUCUGGUUCAACAAUAUGAGUUGUUCAGAAUGAAGGAGGAUGAAGAUAUUGAAACCACGUUUUCUAUCUUUCAAGUUCUUGUAUCUGGACUUCAGGUUCUUAACAAGGGUUACACUACAUCUGAUCAUGUCAAGAAGAUUCUUAGGAGUCUUCCUGUCAGAUACAAACCUAAAGUGACAGCUAUUCAGGAGGCUAAAGACUUAAACACAUUAAAUCUUGAAAGUCUUAUUACUGCCAAGGUUUCUCAAGUAUGGGAGUCUGAAGAAGCUUAUCAUGUAGAAGGUUCUAAAGAUGACUCAGAUGAUGAGGAAAUAACCUUUAUAACUAAAAGGUUUCAGUAUCUGGCCAAGAAGAACAAGAGAUUAUUUGGCAGAAGUAGUGGCUUCAAAGGAUUUAGCUCUAGAGAAAAGAAGGAUGAUCAUAAGGGAUGUUUCAACUGUAAGAAGCCUAGUAACUUCAUUGCUAAAUGUCCAGAACUACAAAAUGAGAAGUCAAAGAAGGGAAACUUUCAGAAAGAUAGCUUCAGAAAUAAAUUCAAGAAGAGUCUCAUGGUAAUGUGGGAUGGACUUCACAAUGAAGAAGACUCUGAAAAGGACGAAGAAAAAGUCAACAUUGUUUUGAUGGCUCUUACAUCUUCUGAUACAGAAUCUGACUCAGAUUAUGGUUCAGAGUCUGAGGAAGAAGAUGAGGUAUUUUAUAAACUAUCUCGUUCUGAUUUUAUUACUUUCAUUCAAGAUCACAUGAGAAGGUGUCAAGAGAAAUCUAGACACAUGAAAAUAUUGAAAAUGCAAUAUUAUAUUUUGAGGGAAGAAUUAAAUUAUGUUCAAAGAAAAAAUGAAGCCAUAGAGAAAGAUCACAGUGCUCUAGUAAAAUAA